AUGGGCUCGCGACCAUCGUUGUUACAAUGUUCUGCCCCAUCGGUCCAAUCUGACGACUCGACAAGCAACAUUGCCAAGAUUAAUAUUUUAAUUUUAGGUACAGCAGCAGUAGGAAAAACAACGCUUUUCCGUCAACUCAGGCUGUGCGGAAAAUGUAAACCACUGGAAAGAAGUUUCUAUCAAAGCAUUUUAUUACAAAAUCUAGUUCAGAUAUACAGUGAUAUCUUUCAAGCGUGCAAAGAGUUGAAUUUGGAUAUUUCUAAACAGAGGGAAAAAUUCGAUAUUAUCUUAGCCAAUAAGACACUGGACAAACUAAGUAGCAAUUGCUUACGAGCAAUCAAAGAUAUUCCAAAGGACAGUACAAUACAGAAAUUGAUUCGAACUUGCAAUAAAUUAUCACUUGUCCAAAAUAUUCAGUAUUUCUUCGAUAAUAUUGAAAGAAUUACGGCCAGUGACUAUAUUCCGACUGAGAUCGAUAUCUUAAAUUCGUAUGCACCAACAAUUGGAAUCGACCAAAUACAUUACCGUACUUCAUUUGCAUCAAUCAGUAUUGUGGACAUUGGUGGCAGCGAGUAUUCUCGACGGAAGUGGGACAAAUUCUAUAGUAUUAUAAAUGUUCUUCUUUACAUUGUUGAUUUAACCGCAUUUUGCAGACUUCGAAAAGAGCGCCUAUCAAGUGUAGAAGAUGAAUGCGUCACUAUAUUCACACAACUUUGCAAUAAUUUCACACUGAAAAAAUCGCAUUUCAUUGUGUUAUUCAAUAAGAAAGAUGUAUUCGAUGCUCAAAAGCGGCCGCAGCUUAAUGGAUUUCCACCAGAUGGUGCUAAUACAACACUUUCUUCGGACGCCACCUCAUCACUGAGUUUAAUUAAAGCCAAAUUUCUUAGUCAUUUAACCAGAAAAAUUUACCAACACACCGUAUCACUACUUUAUCGGGACACUUUCGAAGCGUCAGUUAUGGAUAGUAUUAGUGAAAUUGCCGCAAAAAAAGGAGCCGUAACACCAAUGUGA